UGCUCUAUCUCACCGCCGCCGCCCCCACCGCCAAAUCCCUAGUCUCACGCUCCCUGCACCGCCGCCAUCCCCAAUGCCUCCUCACCGUCGAUCACUUCCCACCGCCGCCUCGCCGUAGACGACCCCCCUGCUGCUCUCGCCAGGGCCGCCUCCCCGUCGACCACUCCCCUACCCCGCUCUCCCCAGCGCCGACUCGCCUGCCGAAACGAGCGGCCGUUCCCCCAAGCGAACGUCUUCCCUGCCGCUCGCCCAGCGACCCCUGCUGCUCCACAUUGCCACAAGAUCGCAGGAAUCAUGCCGUUCGCUGGCGUAUCCGUCGUUGCCGACGGCCGACUGGUGCACCCAUCGUCCCCGGAGUCGGCAAUGUUUUACCCUGGCUCCAGCGCAGCCAGCAGAGGCAGCUGGUAUCACCUGCUUGUGGUUGAAGGUUACUCCCGCAUCAAAGACCUUCCCAAUGGAAAGAGAAUCAAGACCGGCUCUUUCAAAGCUGGAGGCUAUCAAUGGGCUCUGAAGUUUUACCCCAAUGGUGACCUCCUGGAGGAUGCUGGUUACAUUUCUGUUUUUCUUUCCCUUGAUCAGGAUGUUGCACAACCUGUGAAGGCGCACCAUCACUUUAGUUUCAUUGGUGAGGUUGGCAAACAAGAACCUGCACGCGUCCGUGGAAUCAAAGCAUCUUCUUUCCAUAAAAAAGGCUAUGGUUUUGGUCUCCACCGUUUCAUGAAAAGAGAGGCCCUUGAGAAGUCAGAGCAUCUCAAGGACGAUUGUUUCACCAUCCGGUGUGACUUCAUCAUUGCCGAAGCUGCUGCUGCUCCCUUGAUCGAGGUGCCCCCACCUAAUUUAAGUGAGCAUCUGAACCAUCUCUUUGUUACGAAGGUGGGCGUCGACGUGACCUUCGAGGUCGGCCACGAGACAUUCGCAGCGCACCGUUGUGUGCUCGCGUCCCGUUCCGCCGUCUUCAUGGCAGAGCUCUUCGGACCCAUGAAGGAGGGGAUUGCUAUAGACGAUGCCAUACAGAUACAAGACAUGGAACCGAAUGUCUUCAAGGCCUUGCUUAAUUUCGUCUACACCGACUUGAUGCCAGAGAUGGAGGUGGAGGGACAGGCAGGGGAAGCCGUCUCUAAGGUUACAUGGCUGCGACACUUGCUUGCCGCCGCGGAUAGGUUUGAUCUCCAGCGGCUCAAGUCAAUGUGUGAAGAGAGGCUGUCGGAGCACAUAAAUUUGGGCUCGGUGACCGCCAUCCUUGGUCUGGCAGCGCAGCACCAUUGCCGUGGACUUAAGGAGGCCUGCCUGGAGUUCCUCAAAGUCCAAUCUGCUGCAAUCUUGGAAGGUGUCAUGGCGACCAGUGACUGGCAGCGCAUAUCUGCAACUGACCCGUCUGUUCUGAACGAGCUCAUCGCCAAGCUUGCCUCCAAAGCGUAGUUCGUUGGUUCUAAUGGUGUGUUCUUACUUAGACUAAAAUAGGUCGGUAGCUGAAUUUAUGCAAGGAAAUCACUUGGGCACUUGGUCAUUGUAUUUUGGAAAGUGCAAACUAUCAUUGUGGUUCC